AGGUACAACAAAAUGAAACUCCUUUCGAUUCUUUUAAUAAUUCUUUUUAUAUGUUUAUGUUCUAUAGUAACUUAUGUUGUUGUUGUGUUCCACUUUCUCUCUCUCCUACAAUUCUCUUCUCUUUUAGACGUGGACGCUUCUUCCAUCACAAACACAGAAAUAUUCAGCAGCUAAAAGAGAUUAUUGAGACUGAAAAGGGUGAAUUUUAGUGGCAACAAUUGUGUUUUGUUGUGUUUUUUAUGAGGAGUUAGAAUUCUCACUUUAUGUUUGAAUGAUUCAUGGAAUGUAGAAUAUUUCCAUGAUGAUGGCAAUGGGAAUCUUAAACAUGGAAAAGAAAUGGUUAUUUCCACUCUUUGUUACUUCUGCUUUUUGUAUGCUUUUUCUAGCAACAUCCUUUAACAUGGGACUUGUCUCGUCGUUUCAUUCGAUCAAUUCACUUUUUUUUCUUCCAUCAGACACACAUAGAAACCAAAAUUCUUCACUUGUUUUUGUUGAAAGAAAGAUUUCCCCUGCUCCGGCUCCCGUUAAGACUUCGAUCCCUCGUUUCGCUUAUUUGAUAUCCGGUUCCAAGGGCGAUUUGGAGAAGCUUUGGAGAACUCUUCACGCGCUUUAUCAUCCGUUAAACCAUUACGUCCUUCAUUUAGACCUCGAAUCUCCGUUGGAGGAAAGGUUGGAACUUGCUUCUAGGGUUGAGAAACAACAUAUUUUCUCUGAGGUUGGCAAUGUGUUUGUCAUCCCGAAGGCUAAUAUGGUUACGUACCGUGGACCGACGAUGGUUGCUAAUACUCUUCAUGCUUGUGCUAUUUUGCUUAAGAGAAGUAAAGAUUGGGAUUGGUUUAUUAAUCUUAGUGCUUCCGAUUAUCCUCUUGUUACUCAAGAUGAUCUGUUAUAUGCUUUCUCAAAUUUAGAUAGAAGCCUUAGCUUCAUCGACCAUACAAGUCGGUUAGGAUGGAAAUUGGAGAAACGAGCAAUGCCGUUAAUAAUUGAUCCCGGGCUUUACCAUUCAACAAAGAAGGAUGUAUUUUGGGUCAAUCCGAAGAGAACUUUGCCAACUGCGUUUAAAUUGUUUACCGGUUCAGCAUGGAUGGUUCUAUCGCACGAUUUCGUGGAAUACGUCGUGUGGGGUUGGGAUAAUCUACCAAGAACCCUUCUAAUGUACUACACAAACUUCCUCUCUUCGCCCGAAGGCUACUUUCAAACCGUCGCAUGCAAUGUACCAGAGUUAUCCAAAACGAUCGUUAACACCGACCUGCAUUAUAUUUCCUGGGACGUACCUCCUAAACAGCACCCUCACGUCCUUAACAUAAACGACACGGACAAAAUGAUCGCGAGCGGAGCCGCCUUUGCUAGAAAAUUCAAACAAGAUGAUCCGGCCAUAGAGUUGAUCGACAAAGAUUAUUUACGUAAGAGAAAUGGAUUAUUCACAUUUGGUGGUUGGUGUUCUGGUAAACCGAAAUGUACCGAGGUCGGGAACGUUUAUAAACUGAAACCCGGUCCGGGGGCUCAAAGGCUUCAACAACUUCUAGCUGGAUUAACAUUGAAGGCUAAAUCUGGUGAGGAUCAAUGUAAAUAGAUUCCUGUUUGGAGAUUGAUGAAGGUUGAAGUGCAAUUGCAUUUCAUUGAUAAUAUAAGCUUGAAGGCAUUGAUUUAGUCAUAAAAGUACCUAAAAGAUGGCAUGAGGAAUUAAGGACCAUCUUUUAUUUUUGUAGGUCCUUUUACAUAGAGGUUACAUGAUUUUUUGGAAGCAUCAUGGUCAAGGGAUUUUAUAGUUAUUUUUUUCCAUCAUUUUUGUUACUUUAUAUACAUGAAUCAUAUGAUCUUUAUGAUUUUCUAUAUACAAAAAGAAUUAUUGGAGAAGUCUUUACCCGUUCUCAAA